AUAUUCAUUUCCAUAUAUCCAUAUUGAAGUCAUGGGGCCCUGAACAUGGAUUCAGACACUGCGCUGCACAGCUAGAGUUAUCAGGGUAGAACAGUGUUCCUGCUUCAUGGAUAGGGUCAAUGUUUUGAAGAUUGUUAACAGCAUGAUAAAUGCUCCGCUCUUAUAAACUCCCAGUAUUUAGGGCUCGUCCAUAUUCAGUAUGUGUUGCCUGAAUGGAGCCGUUCCACCAGGGCGUGACCUGACUAGCUGUUACUAUAAUUGACCCUCCGUAUCACAGACUGGGGUUGUCUCCAUGACAAUAAUGUUGCUUCCAGCCCACACUAUAGAUCAGGUGACUGUGUUCUUGUUCAUCUAUCCUAAUGUUGUCGAUUAACUUAAUAUAGUAGACAACAAUGGCUCAGUGUUGCUAAAAUAAUGUUUGUUUGUGUAUUUGUUGCUUAACGCCGCAUCCAGCAAUAUUCCAGCUAUAUGACGGUGGUCUGUAAAUAAUCGAGUCUGGACCAGACAAUCCAGUGAUUGACAUCACACUUGGGAUAGAAGACAUGCAUCAACCAAGUCAGUGAGCCUGACCACCUGAUCCCGUUAGUCGCCUCUUACGACAAGCAUAGUCGCCUUAACAGCAAGCAUGGGUCGCUGAAGACCUAUUCUACCCCGGAUCUUCACGGGUCUGUUAAAAUACUGAAACCGAUGAAUGUCUGUGGGGUGGAGUCUGUCAAUUCAACAUUUUCACAUUUAUUUCUGGCUGUCAGGAUGAUUUUUUCCUUGAAAGUGUAUCAUCUUGAACAAAAGAUCAUUGAAUGUAUAUUUAGUUUAGAUGUGACAAGGGUGGGUUUAAUAAUCUUGCUGCUGGGCUUGACAUUCUUGAUGUAGAUGUAGUACCAUAUGAUGACUUGGAUUUGUUUAAUAUAUUUUUUAAAAUUGACGCAAAUAUCUUUCAAUAUUCCAAUAAGAAUUAUAGCAUAAUCGUCGGAAAUCCAAGGGCUGAUAAGAUAUCAAGCACAUUUAAUCAGCAUUGAGCAUGUUUAGAGUUAUAAGUUUUCCUUUUUCUUACAAACGAGAUUUUAAGAAAAAGAACAUGAUACUUAUGGGUGUUAAGGGGAGAGGUGAGAUGAGUGUGUAAUUAUGAUAGAAGGGGAGAGGUGAGAUGAGCGUGUAAUUAUGAUAGAAGGGGAGAAGUGAGAUGAGUGUGUAAUUAUGAUAGAAGGGGAGAAGUGAGAUGAGUGUGUAAUUAUGAUAGAAGGGGAGAAGUGAGAUGAGUGUGUAAUUAUGAUAGAAGGGGAGAGGUGAGAUUAGUGUGUAAUUAUGAUAGUAGGGGAGAGGUGAGAUGAGUGUGUAAUUAUGAUAGAAGGGGAGAGGUGAGAUGAGUGUGUAAUUAUGAUAGAAGGGGAGAAGUGAGAUGAGUGUGUAAUUAUGAUAGAAGGGGAGAGGUGAGAUGAGUGUGUAAUUAUGAUAGAAGGGGAGAGGUGAGAUGAGUGUGUAAUUAUGAUAGAAGGGGAGAAGUGAGAUGAGUGUGUAAUUAUGAUAGAAGGGGAGAGGUGAGAUGAGUGUGUAAUUAUGAUAGAAGGGGAGAAGUGAGAUGAGUGUGUAAUUAUGAUAGAAGGGGAGAGGUGAGAUGAGUGUGUAAUUAUGAUAGAAGGGGAGAGGUGAGAUGAGUGUGUAAUUAUGAUAGAAGGGGAGAAGUGAGAUGAGUGUGUAAUUAUGAUAGAAGGGGAGAGGUGAGAUGAGUGUGUAAUUAUGAUAGAAGGGGAGAGGUGAGAUGAGUGUGUAAUUAUGAUAGAAGGGGAGAGGUGAGAUGAGUGUGUAAUUAUGAUAGAAGGGGAGAAGUGAGAUGAGUGUGUAAUUAUGAUAGAAGGGGAGAAGUGAGAUGAGUGUGUAAUUAUGAUAGAAGGGGAGAGGUGAGAUGAGUGUGUAAUUAUGAUAGAAGGGGAGAAGUGAGAUGAGUGUGUAAUUAUGAUAGAAGGGGAGAGGUGAGAUGAGUGUGUAAUUAUGAUAGAAGGGGAGAGGUGAGAUGAGUGUGUAAUUAUGAUAGAAGGGGAGAGGUGAGAUGAGUGUGUAAUUAUGAUAGUAGGGGAGAAGUGAGAUGAGUGUGUAAUUAUGAUAGAAGGGGAGAAGUGAGAUGAGUGUGUAAUUAUGAUAGAAAGGGAGAAGUGAGAUGAGUGUGUAAUUAUGAUAGAAGGGGAGAGGUGAGAUGAGUGUGUAAUUAUGAUAGAAGGGGAGAAGUGAGAUGAGUGUGUAAUUAUGAUAGAAGGGGAAAAGUGAGAUGAGUGUGUAAUUAUGAUAGUAGGGGAGAGGUGAGAUGAGUGUGUAAUUAUGAUAGAAGGGGAGAAGUGAGAUGAGUGUCUAAUUAUGAUAGUAGGGGAGAGGUGAGAUGAGUGUGUAAUUAAGAUAGAAGGGGAGAGGUGAGAUGAGUGUGUAAUUAUGAUAGUAGGGGAGAAGUGAGAUGAGUGUGUAAUUAUGAUAGAAGGGGAGAAGUGAGAUGAGUGUGUAAUUAUGAUAGAAGGGGAGAAGUGAGAUGAGUGUGUAAUUAUGAUAGUAGGGGAGAAGUGAGAUGAGUGUGUAAUUAUGAUAGAAGGGGAGAGGUGAGAUGAGUGUGUAAUUAUGAUAGAAGGGGAGAAGUGAGAUGAGUGUGUAAUUAUGAUAGAAGGGGAGAAGUGAGAUGAGUGUGUAAUUAUGAUAGAAGGGGAGAGGUGUGAUGAGUGUGUAAUUAUGAUAGAAGGGAAGGAGGAUACAGAAACUACCAUGAUGUCACGUUUCAGGAAGAGGAAGUUCAGGAAGGAUGCCAUCUUGUUCAGUCACAGACAACAGUCAGCAGACAGGCAGUAUCAUGCCAAAUAUGUUUACAUGGUUCCUUUGCAAUGAAUUGUCACUGAUAAUUGUGCAAUAAAACUGACAAAACAUUGACUGACACUGAAGUGAUUACCAACCUGGUGAUUGUGCCUGAUCUUAACACAAUGUGCACAUCAAACACACUGUCAGACCAACGGUCAUGCUACAUGUAGAAACAUCAAGUACACAACAGUGGUCAGCUAAGAAUACUGUUAUGUAUUGUUUAGGUAACAGAAUUCAUCACAUGAGUCAGCCUCAUUUCUACACUCACAGGCAUUCCUCCCACAACACUCACAGGCAUUCCUCCAACAACACUCACAGGCAUUCCUCCCACAACACUCACAGGCAUUCCUCCCCGAACACUCACAGGCAUUCCUCCCCGAACACUCACAGGCAUUCCUCCCACAGCACUCACAGGCAUUCCUCCCACAACACUCACAGGCAUUCCUCCCACAACACUCACAGGCAUUCCUCCCACAACACUCACAGGCAUUCCUCCCACAACACUGACACAUAUUCCUCCAACAACACUCGUAGGCAUUCCUCCCACAGCACUCACGGGCAUUCCUCCCACAACACUCACAGGCAUUCCUCCCACAGCACUCACAGUCAUUCCUCCAACAGCACUCACAGGCAUUCCUCCAACAACACUCACAGGCAUUCCUCCCACAACACUCACAGGCAUUCCUCCCACAACACUCACAGGCAUUCCUCCCACAACACUGACACAUAUUCCUCCAACAACACUCGUAGGCAUUCCUCCCACAACACUCACGGGCAUUCCUCCCACAACACUCACAGGCAUUCCUCCCACAGCACUCACAGUCAUUCCUCCAACAGCACUCACAGGCAUUCCUCCAACAACACUCACAGGCAUGCCUUCCACAGCACUCACAGGCAUUCCUCCCACAACACUCACAGGCAUUCCUCCCACAACACUCACAGGCAUUCCUCCCACAACACUCACAGGCAUUCCUCCCACAACACUGACACAUAUUCCUCCAACAACACUCGUAGGCAUUCCUCCCACAACACUCACAGGCAUUCCUCCAACAACAUUCACAGGCAUUCCUCCCAUAGCACUCACAGCAUUCCUCCCACAACACUCAAAGGCAUUCCUCCAACAACACUCACAGGCAUUCCUCCCACAACACUGACGGGCAUUCCUCCAACAACACUCACAGGCAUUCCUCCCACAACACUGAUGGGCAUUCCUCUGACACACUCAGGUAUUCUUCCGACACUCACAGGCAUUCCUCCCACAACACUCACAGGCAUUCCUCCCACAACACUCAUGGGCAUUCCUCUGACACACUCAGGUAUUCUUCCGACACUCACAGGCAUUCCUCCCACAGCACUCACAGGCAUUCCUCCCACAACACUCACAGGCAUUCCUCCAACAACACUCACAGGCAUUCCUCCCACAACACUCAUGGGCAUUCCUCUGACACACUCAGGUAUUCUUCCGACACUCACAGGCAUUCCUCCCACAGCACUCACAGGCAUUCCUCCCACAACACUCACAGGCAUUCCUCCAACAACACUCACAGGCAUUCCUCCCACAGCACUCACAGGCAUUCCUCCAACACUCACAGGCAUUCCUUCAACAGCUAUGAUGGGCAGUCCUUCGACACACACAGGCAUUCCUCCGACACACACAGACAUUCCUCCGAGACACACAGGCAUUCCUCCCACAACACUCAUGGACUUUCCUCUAGCCUACUAAGGCAUUCCUUCCCCAUUCAAUUGACCUAUUACUGUAUUACUUUUCGAAGCAACAUAAACCAACCCACUCACUCAUUCCCUGU